UACAUUAUUAGAAUGGAGUGUAUGGGCAAAUGAAAUGGACUGGCAGAGAAGGAACACCAUUUUAUCUGUUUUUCCUUUUUUGGCUGUUUCAAAAUUUUAAACCCCCCCUUCCCCCUUCAGAACGGUUUAGAAGUCAAAACCCUAAUCUUCACGUUGUGGAACCCCGGAGGUGCUGAAUCCAAAUCCCAUCGUCAUGCCACCGCCUUCUUCUUCCACAGCCGCCGGGCCUCCGCCUAAGCACCCUAUGGCAGCCGACCCUUCCGCCCAAUCUCUGUCCCAAUUGUCCAAAAGAACCCGAGAACUUCCCAAUCUCUCCCAUUGCCAGGCCUGCAAUUUCCGCAUCACCAACAACGGCAAAGAUCGACUGCACAUCCUUGAUAGCUUCUGGCGCAUCGUUAUUCUCUGCUUCAAGUGCUUUGAUCAGAUGAAUUCCGCCGAUCUCUGCUCCUAUUGUCUCUCUCAAUUGGGCGAGUGCCCUGGUUUUGGUUGCAGUGAUUGUAAGCGUCGUGUCCAUAAAGAUUGUGUUGCCAAGUAUAAGGGUUCCGCGCCUUGGUCCUAUUGCCCGUGUUUGGAGUCUGUUUGUUUGGAUUGUUGGCUUCCAAGUUCGAUGCCCAAUCCUGGUUCGAGGAGUACUAAUGGUGGGAAUGGGAAUUUUCAGGAGAAAAUUGGGAGUGGUAGGGUUUUGGGUGUGAGUCGUAAUAGGAUUUUGGAUAAGGUUUCGAGGACGGAGAGUUUGGAGGAUGUAGUGAAGGAUGUAAAUUGCGAGGUGGAGAAAAAGUUCGUGGUAGCAGCUAGGGCCAAGGAGAAGGCUUUGAGGAAGGUGGUGUUAGCUAAGAGUGCCGUAGAGUUGGCUACUGGUGCUUUGGAUUCGGUUGUUAGGAAGGAUGAAAACACUAGGAAGGCAGGUUCUGAGGGCCCUUUCAUGGAUGAUGCGGAAUUGGCUUUUCGGUUGCAUCGAGCUAUGAAUAGUUCACCCAGGAUUUCAAAAAACUUCUGCUCAGUGAAUUCUGUUUCUUCAGCUGUCCCAAAGGCUGUGAACUGUGACAUUGAUUUCUUGGGUUCCUUGGGUAGAGAGGGUAGUGUGUGUGGGAAUAUUGAUCCUAAUGGAACUGUUUCUGAAACUUCAGUUCAUUGUAGAACUUCUGUUAAGUUGAAUGUGUUAAUUGAAGAGAGCAAAGAAUGCCAUGGAAAUAACAUUACAAGAAUGGGGGCGAUUGAGAUAGGACUGAAUGGGGGUGUUGAUGCCAAGCCUGAUCCUGAAGAUUAUAAGUUGGAGUUACCAUUGAAGGAGGGAGAGGGAAGUUGUUCUAAUAGGUUGGUUAACUCAGGUGCAGACAACAGUAGUAUGGACUGGGAGUCUCAAUCUUGUCAGAAACAAGAUCUGUUGAGACUUGGUUUGCAUGCAAGUGACUAUGGAACUCAAUGUGGAUCCAACUGUGGCAGGGAUACUAUGCUGCAGGAUAAAGGAUGUAGUAAAAAGCCUGAUCGCUAUUUAAGAAAGUAUAGCAAGAGACAUGCAAGCUUGAAAGCAGUUCUGAAUUCUGUAACCAAAGUUCAUUGUGAAGGUUACCUUGAGAGCCAGGCUUCUGCUCCUGGACUGCCUUUGAAUUGUUCAAAGGCAUCAGAAACAUUCUCUGAUGCUUCUUUUCAGUCUUGUGCUGUACCUGUGCAAGCAUCUGCAUCUGCAAGGGGUUCAUCCUGAGGCCAGUUCAAGAACAGGCCUCCAAGGACUAGCCUUUGUUUAAACAAUCUGAUGGACCUAUCUUUGAAGUCUCUUCUUGGCUCCAUUGCUACAAUUAAUAUGACAACACUUGCAAGUGCUUGCCAAGUUUGAAUCUCUCAGUUUGACAGAGUGAGAUUGGAUUCCCAAUCAUUUGUAAGGUCCUUCUUUGAACUAAUUCCAAAUUAUUAGCUUGUUUUGUUGUUCUGGAUUGUUAGAAACAAUAAAAAUCACUUUUUGACUCUUAAGUGAAUGCUUCAUAUUGAGCAUGAGGCAGAGGAGAGAUAAAAUAAGGUUGUGGCUUCAUUGUUUGUCAUAUCAUGUUGUUCUUAGUAAGUAGGACCACCUUUUUAGAGAGCAUGGGGGAGAAUAGUUUCAAGCAGUAUAGACUUAGGAGAAACUUAUCUGGACAAAAAAAUAAAAUAAAAUAAAGCAAUGUACUUAGUAGAAAGACAUGAAAGGGAAGUGCCAAGCAAAGUUUUUAAAUGCAAAAGCGUGAGGCAAGGUGAUGAUGAGAGGGUCCUGCCAGAGUGAAAGCGAAGAUCAUGAGGUCAGGUUUCAUGAAGGUAAGGUUAGGGUUUUUCUUCAAAUUUCUUCUCUAUUCUUAGUUUUUACUCUCUCUAUGGGAUUUUUGGGUUAAAUGCUCUUCAUUUUUUUUUCCAAUGUGGCCACCUCAUCCACAAAGACCAAUGGAAGCGUACGCCGCAAUCCAAAGGCGUAAAAGGCUAGCCAAAAUGUGCCUUUGCCAUGACUUGCUGCAAAAGGCGUAUGCCUUUCUGGACUUCUGCUUUUUCUUCCAAGCCUCAAGGUGUUUUUGCCACAGCUCGCCUUGAGGUGUGCUACAAGGCGCCCCUGAAAAAUGGCUUUAAAACCUUGGUGCCAAGAAGAUAGAAAUGGAUCCUAUUUGUGUCCUUAACAAGUGUAACUAACUUUAUGGGAAUAUGGAAUAAAGGACUUAUUCACAAUGUGAACGCCAAGGAGAGGGCCACUAGAAUGAGAUAUUAGCUUAAUAUAUGCUAAGAAGAUAUAAAAAAACAUGAGUUACUUGUUCUGAUUAAAAAAAGGAAAACAUACCUUAUGUGUGAAAAUAAAGAAGUUGGAUGAAUCAUUCUUGAUAUUAUUGUAGAUCAUUAAAGAAAAGAAAAAUACACUUAUCAAAAAAAAUUAAAGAAAAGAAAAAUACAGAUGAGUUUAGAGAUGUGAGUUGGUUUUAAUUUUUGGUAGUUCUUAACCAACCUAUUGAAAAUAUGAGAUUGGUAAUUUCAGAAAGGUAACUAAAAAAUAGAAAAUAAAGUAAAUCAAUAGUAUGAAUUGUACUAAUUUUUUUUUCUUUAAUUAGUCUAAUAACCUUAGUGGGAUUAUCAUUUUUGUGGAGGAGGAAGGUGUGGAAGACAACUUCCUUAUGUUUCAUUUGUAAGUGUGUAAUGGUGUAGGACCUUUGAAAGAGUGGAGGUUUCUAAGCCCUCUAAAGGAAGUUGAAUUUUGGUUGAUACACGUAGGUAACCCAGGAUAGUUAGGGAUUAGAGGGAUGCUCAUGAAUCGUUAUGGAACACUAGUUAGAGCAUUCUCUAAAAUGUUAGUGUGUCUAGCAACUGAGGAGUAAAUGUCAACAUUGCUGGAGUGCUGAAAGCUAGCUAAAGCUGAGGGCUCAUCCAAUCUUCUAAGAGAGGGAGAUUUUAUUGGAUGCCUCUCUUAGGUAAAUGAGGCAAGAGGCUCGGGGAAGCUCGACAAGUGGCUUUGUCAGAAUUUUGACAUUACUUUAGACUUGAGAUGUUCCUUUUGUUGGAUUUUUGCAGCUAAUCACAUGGUUGAAUGUGGAUACGUUAGCAAAAUGGGUAGCCAAAUAAUUGAUCUCUUUUUAGGGGGUUUCUUUUCCUAGAGUAUUGAGUUCUGAAUUGUUUUCAUUUUUUAAUUUUACAAUUCCUUUCAUCUUUAGAGUAGAUAGUUACUCUUCCUUUUUGUCGGAGUUAUGUAGUGGUUGUCUUUUAGGGAAGGAUUUGUUAUCUUUCUUUGUAUUUAGUUAUUUCAUGGCAACAAACUGAUGAAAAAAAAAAAGAGAGAAAAAGCUAAAGGAAGUUAUUGGUGUGUUAUUCUAGGAUUUUUGUUUCCUUUUUUCUUGUUUUUUUCCCUUUGUUUUCUCCGUGUGUUCCUAGUGUAGUUAAAUAUCCUAGUUAGUUGCUUGGGUUUUAUAAGAUAUUGGUUGCCUUAGGUAAAUAGUAUGGAUUCUAUGAUUCAACUUUAAUACACCUAUCAAUGUUUGUGGGAAUAGGGGAAAAGAGAGUGCUUUUACAAAGACACUAAGGGAAGGGCACCAAAGUAAGGUAUUUGCUUAAUAUAUAGCAUGGUGAGGGUAUUACUAUGUCAAAUAUGGGUAGCAAUGUUGGUUUGGUGAUAAGGAAAGAUAAAGGGGGAUACCACUUUGGAGAAAAAAAAAAAAGAAUGAUUUAGCUAUUGAUCGUAUUGAACAAAUUGGUAGUUGUUUGAACAUUACAUUUAGCAUUGAACUCAAUUUCCAAGGUAGGGUUUAAUGAGAGAUUUUUUGAGGACCACUAAUGAUCUUAUUGGAUUUCUUUCUUCAUUGUGUAUUUUGAGUUUGAAAAUUUCUGUAUCUAUUUAAAGGCUUCUGUAAGUUCUAUUUGUUUGACAUACUUUUGUUGGGUGAAUGAAAUAAAUAUAUUUAAAUUUCAAAAUGAUUUAUACUUAGAUCCUUCUUGGAUAUGAACACACACAUAUACAUACCCUUUGCGCGCACACACAUACACAUGAAGCAUACAAGUCAAGUGGUGCCAAAACGACAAAUAAGAAGAGAAAGAAACGAAAAGGCUUCUAACUAGAGUUCAACCGACCGACAAUAUUUAACAUAGAUAUUGAGGGCUCAUCCAUGAAGCUUCUAGCCCAAAGCAAAAUAAUACACUAGAAUGAUAUUUGAAGAGUUUGAUAUGACUACUCUAUAUUUUCAAAAGAUAUGAUUCUUUCUUUUCUUUCUUUUUUUUUUUUUUCCCAAAUGGUCCAAAAUAAGCUUAAUGUAGCAAUUCUUUCCACCUUCCUAUGCUUCUUUACCACAAAGCUCUCAUGCCAAUUGACUAGAGUCUUUCUUGCUGAAGAAGCCAGCACCUACUCCAUUCUAAAUGUAAAGAAUGACAAAUGUCAGGAAAUCCAUUUCUUUUACCUAUUGAAAAAAAAAAAAAAAGUCAGGAAAUUCAUGUUUAACACAAUUAAAAAGGAUGUGAUCUACUGAUUCUUCUUCAGCCUUUGGAAAGAUAACAUUGAUUCACUAAUGUUCAUCCUCUCCCUUUUAACAGAUCCAAUGCCAAAAUCCUCAGGCAAACCACUUGCCAUGGAAAGAACACCACUUUCCUAGGCAUCCAUGAGUCUCAAAAUACUUUCAUAGGAAAUAGUCCUCCUUUCUCCGAUUCCAGGUAAGUAUAGAAAGAUUUGAUUGAAAAUUUCUCAUCCUUUGAAUACUUCCAAACAACCUAUCCUCUUCAUUCCUCAUUACUAAUCUCUCUUGAGUCCUCAUAAAAAGCACUUCAACCCUUUCAGCUCCCAAUCAUAAAUUUGUUUUAAGAAACAAGGUCUCCAAUGCCUUCCUCAUUUGAUUCUUACCCCACAAACUUGACCUAAGAUCCUUUGAAUUGGCUAUGACAAAUAAAGAGGGGAAAGUGAUGCUCAAGGAAAAUUCACCACACCAAAUAUCCUUUUCAAAACUUCACUCUUUACCAUCUCUUACCAUAAAACUAAUUUUUUUUUAAGUCUUCCAAACCUCACCUUAUUGCCUUCUACAACCUUACCCCCUAGACUCCCUCACUUUGCUAGAACACUAGCCACUCGCUUCUUCCCUAAAUCUCUCAACUAUGACCCACUUCCUUAGUGGCUCCCUUUAUGUAGCAAACUUCCAACUCAAUUUGCCACGCAAAACCUUAUUACGGAUAGAUAAGUUCUAAUGCCGAGCGCUUUUUUUUUAAUCCAUACAAGCAAUUGGCCAUCUCACCCAAUAAGAGUUUUUCUUAAGGGCUCCACAACCCACCUCCUGAAAUAAAAGAAAGGACAUCUCUAUGAAUCUUCUUUAGCAUCAAGCUCACCUUUCUUGGAAUGACAAACAAGGGCAUAAAAUUUAUUGUCAAGCUAGAUUAGGUGCUUUUAAUCAAUGUAAGUUGUCCACCCCUUAAUAGGGUGUUGUCGCUUUCACAAAGUAAGCUUUUUGUGGAAUCUCUCUUCCACCACUUUCUAGACCACCACCACUUAAAAGGAGGCUCCCAAAGGAAGGUUAGGUAGGUGGUGGGGAGCUCACCCACCUCAUAAUCUUAUUAAGCAACUAACUCUUGCAUAUUAGGCAUACUCUAUUGGUAUUAAUUUGCUUUUCUCCACAUUAAUUUUCAAUGUAGAAACUACCACAAACCAUGUAAGACUCCUAUUUAAAAAGGUUAAUUGCUCUUGGCAAGUGUCAUAGAAAAUAAGAGUGUCAUUUGCAAUUGAAACCCUCAAACCCACCUUCCCUACUCCUUUUAAAAAAAUAGUUGAGAGCCUCCAUCUCCUUUCAAGUAGGGUGAGAGGUGUAGAAUGGUAAAAUUUAACUUUUUACAAUUUAUUACCAACUCAAACUGAGUUAAUUGUGGGCUAACUACAAAAAACAAGUGUUCAUAAUUAAUUUUAAUUGUGACCAAUUAAAAUUCAUCACAUGACAUAAAUUUUCUACUAGUAAUGUUAUGUAUUACAUGGGCCCUCAUUUUCUAUAAUUGGCGCUAUGCAUCAUAUGACAUAAAUUUUCUAUUAUUGUUGAGGGGUUAAAGACUAUCUAGAAAAGUCUUGCAAAUUUGCUUAAAUAUUAUUUUAAACUAAAGAAUAAGAUUUUAAAAGGAUUAAGAAAUAUCCAAGAAUGAACCUCCUGAUCUUUAUAAACAGGGAAGGUCGUUGCUAAGCUCAAGCUACAAUUCAUAACAAAAGUUUUAGAGAAGGGCUUUGCGGGGACAUUCAAAGCUACUUUAAAUAUUCAAAAAGACUUCAAAUCAUCUUCAAAUCUUCAAGGAUUUUUUAAUUUUUUUGAGCAUCUUCAAAUUGUCAAAAAUUUUAAAGCUUCGAGUUUCAAGCUCCAAGAUUGAAUCCAUAAAAGACUUCUUAAAUUUGAGAUCAACUUGCUCAAGCCCUUAACCAACAUUGCUCAAGUCAUGCUAAGGCCCUAGAGUCAAUCCAAGGCUCAAGUUAGGUCAAGACCCACAUCAAGUCAAGGCCCAAGUCAAGGCUCAAACUGCAUCAAGUCAAGAUCCAAGGUAGGCUUAAGGUUACGACAUCGAAUUAAACAAAUCCUUCAUUCAAGAUUAAACUCCUUCAAGCCCUUGAUUGACAAUGAGGAAAGAAUAUCAACCUUAAACUAUACUCAAAUGUUUUGGUAGGAUUUGUUUUGUUAGAAAUUCUUAAGAAAGUUCAUGUGACAAGCAUUUAGACAUUGAUAUGAAUUUUUAUAUGAUUUUUUUGAAUAUGUUCAAUGUGCUUGUGAUAUGGGUUUUUCUAUUUGUUUUGAAGAAAAAUCUUAAUAUAGAUGGGCCGAUUAGACAUUUAGACAUGGUUUAGAGUUGAUAUUGCUUCAAGAAAAUGUCUAGGGCUAAAUUGAGAUAUAAGUGAAAGUGUAAAGGUAAUUUUUAUAAUUUAACAAAAAAAGGGAUGAAAGAGGUAAAACACAGCCAAAAAAGAGAGAGAGAGAGAGAGAGAUUCAAAAACCCUUAAAGAGUAAUUCAAGCGAAAAUUAGGACAUGAAAAGGUGAUCUUGACACAAGUUAAAGAAGAUGGAAAAAUCCUUUGAACUAUGUUACGAUUUGAUCCUUUUUUAGGUAAAUAGGCUUUUUGGAAAAUAUCCCAAGUUUCUCUCAAAUAGAAUGAGGUUUUUUAUACCACUCAAGUUGUGUAUUUUAUCUCUCCUAAAGAACAAACAUGAAGUUCAAAAGUUUGUUCACUUCUUACAAUCUAAUCGUGUUCAUGAACAACUUUUCGAGGGGGCAUUUGUAGAAGGACAAAAUUUAAUUUUUUAUAAUUUACUAUAUAUUAAAAUUAAGUUAAUUAUGAAUCAACCCUAAAAAAUUAAAUGUUCAUAUCUAAUUUGAAUUAUAAUAAAUCAAACUUCAUUGCAUGACGUAAAUUUUCUACAAAUAAAAAGAAUGUCAUGUGUCACAGGCUCCACACAGGAAGAAGACAAACUGUUUUUUACCUAAAUAAAUAAAAUAUAUAAUCAGGCAAUUAAAGUGUUUCUGUUAGAA